CUGCUAGGUAACUACAUGACCGAAGGCUUGUAGCUCAUGUAGAGGCGCUGCUCAGACUUCAUGGCUGUUGAUUCGUUUCGAAUGGCAGUGCCAUAUUCUUUACACAUUCUUCUUUUAAUGGCCGUGCUUCGGUAUGGACAAACUGGACGCUUAUAUACCGAAGAAGACCCGGUGUUCAUUUUAAACAGUGACACUCUGAAGCAAACCUUGUUGAACUCUUCAACAGCCUGGUUGGUUCAGUUCUACUCGUCGUGGUGUGGACACUGCAUCCAGUACUCACCCACAUGGAAAGGGUUAGCAGGAGAUGUCAAAGAUUGGUCUCAAGCUAUCCGUAUUGGAGUUGUGGACUGUGCACAUGAAAAGAACUUUGACAUUUGUAAAGAGUUCAGCAUCCAUUUCUACCCUACAUUUCGGUACUUCAAAGCACAUAGUACUAUUUUUGACAUUGGAAAGACAUAUCGAGGAGCUGAUCGAGAGAUUCAGACUGUUAGACAGCUGAUGGUAAACUUUCUCCAAAACCACACAAGACAAGACUGGCCUGCUGGUUGCCCUUCGCUGGAACCUGCCAGGACUGAAAACAUUCAGUCUUUGAUUGGACUGAAAUCAGAUCAUUACACUGCAGUCAUCAUAGAGGAUGAAGAAUCUUACAUUGGAAGAGAGGUAAUAUUGGACCUAAUGCCAUAUGAAGGUGUGAUAGUGAAGAGGGCCCUGAAUUCAGACAAGGUCCUGAUGGAAAAGCUCGGCAUCACCACUGCCCCUGCAGCCUACCUGUUUUACCCCAAUGGGAAACAUGCAGCCAUGGAUGUAAAGAAGAAAAUACGCUUUUUCUUUUCCUCCUUCCUUAAACUGCUACCUGGAGUUCACCGGAAACUGCACCCUUCGGUCCAGCAGCCAGAACAGGCAGAAAUUAAAGACCAGAAAAUAACUGAGCUUUUUAAAGAAUUUGACAAGUCUAAGGUGUACAUGGUAGACCUGGAGUCUGGCUUACAUUAUCUAUUAAGAGUGGAGCUGGCAACCCGCAAGACCUUAGAGGGAGCAGAGCUAAAAACCUUCAAAGACUUUGUCACAGUAGUGUCUAAGCUGUUUCCUGGACGCCAAUCUGUGGUUAAGCUUCUAGAGACACUACUGGAAUGGCUGAUCAGUUUACCACUGGAGAAAAUUCCUUAUGAAGCCAUUUUGGACCUGGCCAACAAUAAGAUGAGGAUCUCCGGACUGCACCUGAGUGAGCGUGUUCAGUGGAUAGGCUGCCAGGGCAGUAGUGUGGCACUCAGAGGAUACCCCUGCUCCCUUUGGACCCUCUUUCAUGUGCUCACUGUGCAGGCUGCCAGCCGGCCGGACGCUCUCGCCAACACUGCACUGGAGGAUGAUCCAUUGGCCGUGCUUCAAACAAUGCGGCAGUACAUUGGAACGUUCUUUGGCUGUCAUGAGUGUGGAAAGCACUUUGAGGAGAUGGCGCAGGAAUCCAUGAGUCAGGUGAAAUCUCUGGAUGAAGCAGUGCUUUGGUUAUGGAGGAAACAUAACCAGGUUAAUGCAAGACUAGCAGGGACAUUGAGUGAAGACCCCAUGUUUCCUAAAACACAGUGGCCCACUCCUGACCUUUGUCAAGCAUGCCAUGAAGAACAGGAUGGUCUUCAUGUAUGGAUUGAAGACAUGGUCCUUGCAUUUCUCAAAAAACAUUAUAGUGCUGCCAACAUCUCCCCCAAAUACACCACUGAUAUCCAUCCAGAAGCAGGCACAGUUGCAGUUAACAAAGCCACAUCGACCCCAUCCGGUGUUCUUAAUAAAGGGUUGAACCCACCUCCAGAAAGUGUUCCAAAACAUAUGAAGCAAACCGAUAAACGUGAAACUGGAGGCAUCCAAAAGGAGCCUAACCUCCCAUUCUUGGGACUGGGUUUCUCCGGUGUGGACAUGAGUCUGUGUGUUCUUUUGUAUGCAUUCUCUUGCGUCUUUCUCAUGCUCAUGUUCUUCUUCUUUCGUGUUCGUUCCAAAAGGUGGAAAAUCAAAAACCACAGACCGUAUGUAUAGCAGUUAAACACCAUGUUCAGAAACAAUUAGGAGAAACAUCAGUGUAACAUAGAAGACUCCUGCUACGGUUGAAGGAUUUUUUUAAUUUAUUGUUUAUUGUAUUGUUCUGCUUUGUGUGUUCUCUGUGGUGAAACUAUUGUCCUAUUGGUGAGGCUGAUUUAUGAAUUUCAUAGAAAUUAACAUCAUGUAUCUGACCUACUUGUAAGGUCAAAUUCUAAGUGGAUGUUUUUCAGUCCUGAUACAAGCAGAGGUGAUGUUUAAAAGGUCAAAACUGUUUUACAAAUAUUUUAAUCAUACGACUACUAAGGUACAAGACAUCUAUUUUUAUGGAAGUAGUAUGAAAUUUAUAGACAUUUUGAAACAGAGUGUGGCCCAAAGUGCAAAUUGGGAAUUGUUUACCCCAUCAGUGAGGGUUAGCAGCACCCUUGAAUUCACUUGCCUUCUGAAAGAAGUGACAGGUUUAUUAGCAUUUAACUCCUAGAUGUGUUUUUGAAGCUAGUCGGUACUCUAGUCCUUUGGCCUCUUUGUUAAUGGCCUUUAUAGGACCUCAUCAUUAAUUCAGUUCAGAUAAUGUUCUGUGAAGUGAUAGGACUCUCAGUUGUGUGCCAACAUACUGGACCAUUUAACUUUUAACUUUCAGUUUGUUAUACUAGUCAUCCAUUGAAAAUUAGUGCAUUAAGAAUUAUUCCUUUGGCUCACUGGAUUUUGUAGCCCCUUUUUUAACAGUGAUGCAGUUCAGUACAGCUGAUUUUGGUGCCCAAAUUUCCAUCUCUGCCAAGUGCUUUAAAACCAAAACUAUGUGAGGUUGAACCUAUGUUACUAGCUCAAUUUGUCAGCCACUGUGAAAAUGAUGAUGUGGUAUCUCAGUGAAAGCACACUUAAAUUAUUGAUAUGGAAAUUGACUGUCUUAAUGCAUCUAAUAGGAUGAUAGGAAUAUGAUGAUGAAAUUGCUUAUCUUGAUUGGUGAAUCAGGACAUUUCAGUUGGAUUUAUACAUUUUAUAAAUAUUUUGAAUCGUUAGAGGAAUAUUGAAUUGAGUGCAUAAUAGUUAAGGAUUACCACAGCUUUAAUAUCAGUAUCAGAUCAUAGGGUUUUAUUUUUGUGUUGAGAAGCUUCGGGAUCUAAAGCCAGUUUAUCAGGAUACCUGAAGCAUUUCAUCCAUGUGCACUACAAACACUUUUUAUUUUUUUCCUCCUGGAAGAUUUUUGUAUAGGAAUUUUUUGUAAAUACUGGAACAUUUUGUUUGACUUCUGUUUUCAUUUUCUGCAUUUGAGGAGCUUUCCAAUUUAUUUAUAUGCAUUAAAUGUGAACUGAUUUUAAACAUGUUAAAGCAGUCAUGUAAUUCAAUGUGCUUGUUUUGAUGGAUUAGCCUUACUUCUGUGUUAGGAGAUUAGGUAAGCAAGCCUCUCCCAUAUUCAUAGCUACACAGAAAAGUGGCCUUUUCAGCUGCUACAGAAUUACACUGUUUUAUUUUCAGUAGUUUUAAGAAUGGAGUAUUUUUAUGUGAAGAGUAUUUUUGGAUUUGUCGUGCAUACCUUGUUGUGUAGUUGGUCUGAUUCUCAAAAAGGAAUUACAUCAUUUUCUAUGAUGAAAAUUUGUAACUUGUUUGAAAAAUAAAAUGUUUAUUGGACUGUU